AUGUCGCAAAAAGCCCAGCGCCUGCAGGAUGAGGGCACCCGCACCCAGGUCGUAGCAGCCGGCGCCACGGCCGGUCUCAUCUCCCGCUUCGUCAUUGCGCCCCUCGACGUCGUCAAGAUCCGCCUCCAGCUCCAGACACACUCGCUCUCCGACCCCCUAGCCGCCGCGGCAACCAACAACGCCGCAAAGGGCACUUCCGCGCCGAUUUACUACAAGGGCACGCUGCGCACACUCCGACACAUCGUCGAGAACGAAGGCAUACGCGCGCUAUGGAAAGGAAACGUCCCCGCGGAGCUCAUGUACGUGAGCUAUGCGGCCGUGCAGUUCACCAUGUACCGACAGACCACGCUUGUGCUGCAGCGCAUGAAUGGUGAUAACGCUGGCGGCAACAACAACCACAACACCACCUCCAUCAGACUCCCAAAGGCCGCGCAGAGCUUCAUCGCCGGCGCGACAGCAGGCGCCACCGCCACCGCGGCCACGUAUCCGCUUGACCUGCUCCGGACACGCUUCGCCGCGCAGGUGUCGUCGCGCGCGGUGUACCCUUCGCUGCGCCACGCCGUGCUGACCAUCUACCGCGACGAGGGCGGCUUCCGGGGCUUCUUCCGUGGCCUGGCUCCCGGGCUGGCGGGCAUCGUGCCGUACAUGGGGCUGUUCUUCGCCAUGUACGAGUCGGCGCGGCCCGUCUUUGGCCAGCUGUCGUCCCACUCCUCAGUGUCCUCCUGGCUCCCUCCGGGCGUCGGGGACGCCACCGCCGGCGUGGUCGCCAGCGUGGUCGCCAAGACGGGCGUGUUCCCCCUCGACACGGUGCGCAAGCGGAUACAGGUCCAGGGCCCGACCCGCGCGCUGUACGUCCACAGGGACAUCCCCGAAUACGAGCGCGGCAUGUGGCGCACGAUCCGGGCCAUCGUGGCCGUCGAGGGCUUCAGGGGCCUGUACAGAGGGCUCGUGGUCAGUCUGUGCAAGGCCGCGCCCGCGAGCGCCGUGACCAUGUGGACCUAUGAGCGGGCGCUGAACCUGUUCAUUCGAUAUAGCGGCGGCCAAGGGACCCAGGUCAGGGCUUUGCCAUCAUGA